ACGAGGAUAAGAUCAUAUGUUUUUCCUCUUCUUCCUCCUCCUCCUCCUGGUCAUAUUGUCGAGGAGCGAGAAUGCAUGUGGCUCUUCCAACCCAGUCCAGUCUCACUUGUAACUUGCACAGUCCCAGAUGGAUGGUACUUCCCAAAGCAGUUCAUCAAUGGCUGUGUGCUCAGGGGCAGGGCGUUGCCCACAUUGUUUGCCUGGGCCUUGCUUCUUUGGUGAGACAGCUGUGUCUGCUGCUGCUGCGGCUGCUGCUGAUCCUUCAUCCUCAGAUUCCUCACAGCUUCCUGAGCUGCAAGGCCCCAUAGAUCAACCUCCGCAAAGGGAUCUACCAUACCUGCGAGGUGACGAAACAGCACCAAGCACCCCCCCGUCCACACCUUGCCUGAUUCACUCUGGGGCACACCACUGUGCAGAAUGGAGACUUUGCACCUCAGGACUGUUGCCCCCCUCUUCAGGAGCUGCUGUGAAUCACACAACGGAAAGACCCCCCAACUUCAAUGGUCAAGAUCUGGAAGAACGAAACAUGAUGGGGUUCAUUUUUCGCCGCCGCCGCCGUUCCGACGCAGUGAAGCUAAGCAUGGACGAUGAUGACGUGGCAAGGAAACUCAGGAGUCCCUCUGAUGGGCAGGGGCCGAACUGCGAACCUGGUCAUGUUCGAGAUGCAGAAGGGCACCAUGGUGCUUCACUGCCUGGUCCACCUCCUGCUCCCCCCCCACAUCCCCCUUCCUCAAGCAGCCUUCCAGUGAAUCUUCUGCCUGCAGCCGCUAAUUUCCUGGGCCCCCCUUCUGUCAAAGAGCCAAAAUCCCCUCCACCCACAGCCACCACUGGCGGCGAUGCAGUCACAGUCACAGCGACUGGUUGUGAGUCCUUGCGCUGUGAUCCCAUGGCUGGACUGCAGGGAGAGGGGUGCAUUUGGGGGGGGGGCCCACACUCACACUCAUCAACCGCUUCUUCCAUAGCACCCACCCCGCGACCAAUAGCAACCCCAAGACCAACGCCCCGUACUUCCAGGGUGGGAACUGACAUGUUGGCGGGAGCAUUAGCGCUUAAUGCAAGCCUGGCCCACUAUGCCUGCCGGCAAACACCCCUUUUCUCUCGAACCCCUCACAGCGUGUCCAGAAUGACCCCGGUGCAAGAACCUGGUGGCCCUUGUCCCCCCUCAGCAGUCCGUCCCUCUAUUCUUUCCAACUUGAGCUCCGAGGAGGAAUUUCUCCUUGUCCUUCUUAAGGCCCUCUCCUCUUAUGGUGCCCCGAGUCAUCGGAUGGAGUACAACCUCCACUUUGUCUCUGAGUAUCUUGGCGUUGACUCUUGCUUUGCCAUCUCUCCCAACAUCGCUUGGGUCUCCUUUGGCCCCACAGCCUCUCAUCCCAACCUACGCCUCUUUCUUAUCCCCCUUCAACAAGGAUUCGAGCUAGCCAAGCUGGAAGACGUGAAUCACAUCUGCAACGAGCUCUUUCAGUCCCGGAUCACAUUGGCCCAAGCCAUGGAACGAGUGGCCAAGAUCGUUGCGGCCACUCCUGCUCAUCCCGUUCUCACGCAGGUUGUUGAGGUGCUCAGCUAUGCUGUGAUCGGCUGGUCCAUCUGCUUGGCUGGAUUCAGCGGCACUUGGUUUGACAGCGCGCUAAGUUUCCUCGCCGGUUUUUUGUGUGGGGUGCUGUGUUACUUGGCCAGUGUCUUCUCCCUGCAGUACAUGCACUUGCUCGAGUUCGGAGCCGCCAUGCUCAUCUCUUGCGUAGUUCGGAUCUUCCAAAAAUUUCUUGCACCGCGUAUUUGCGUCGAUUUGAUCCUUGUCACUUUCUCUGGCAUUGUUGUCUUGCUGCCUGGACUGUCCCUAACGCUAGCUAUUAUGGAGCUCACCUCCAAGAACAUCGUUUCGGGAACCGUUCGCUUGUUCCAUGCUAUACUCAUUGCUAUCUUCCUCGGGUUUGGAGUCGUUAUCGGCACAGAUUUGGGAAGCGCUAUCGCCGCCCAUUUCUGGAAUCCAGAUCACAGUGCUAUGGCGGGCACUACCACUAAUGGUACAAGUGAUAGAAAGCCGCUUUCAGCAAGCCCACCACCGUCUUCCCCACCAGCAUCAUCAACUUCCUCUGAGACCAAAAUCUGCUCCUAUCAACGAAACCCUAUCCCAGUCUUCUGGCUGUUUGUCAUCUUUCCUGUUUUAUCCAUUUCCAUAUCUAUAUCCUUCAAGUCUAAGCUCUCGCAGUGGUUCCCAACGAUGGUUGUAUCCGCUGCAGGCUACACUGUGACCAUCGUCUUGUCCCCCCACCUUGGCAUGGAGGCCACCAUCACCAUAGCCGCUUUUGUGAUUGCGUUGGGCAGCAACGUCUACUCUCGGAUUACCCGCCGCCUGGGCGUCGCUCCUGUUCUUGGCGGCAUCUUGCUCCUUGUUCCCGGCAGCAUUGGUGUCCGAGGAACGCUCAGUUUUUUGAUCGAGAACGAUGUCCUGAGUGCUACCAACUUCGCUUUCCAAAUGAUGCUCGUGGCCGUCGCUAUCACCGUCGGCGUUUUCUUGGGAAGUAUGUUGGUCUUCCCCGUUGCAAGGUCAGGUCAGCGAUUUCUGAUGAUGCUCUGAUGACUCUGAUGACUCCUCCCCGUUGCAAGCACUGGCACUGUUUCGUAUUGCUCUUGGUCC